GGCAGCCAGUAGGUAGAGCGCGCGUCGUGUUCCGUCGUCGUAAUACACACAACACAGCUCGGCAACAGCAGCGUGGCCCCUCACGUUGUAUACACGCCGAUGCGGGAUUUGUGAUUGUGUAUACAUAAGCAGUAGCACGACGGCAACAACAACAACAAAAAAAAGUAAAAAAAUAAACGCCGAUUUUCGCACUGAGACCUCCGAGAGACUUGACGACUGUUGAUUCUUUUUAGCGUACUGCCUGCCAGUAAUCGCACAGUUUUCCUUCGGCCGUUCGUGAGGUACAAUCUCGCUCUCGCUCUCCGUAUCGUCGUCUCGUCGUGUCAUCUGAAUUUGUGGUUGGCGCGCGACCCUUUUUUCACCGAGUUCUGAACUUUACGAGAUUCCUUGGUGCAAGUUCUGCAGUUCUCAAGUACCGCUGGGACGGUCCUGUUCGAUGUGUGUAGACGGUGAGGACGACUUAAUGGUCCCAACUGCUGAUCCUAAGUGUUGGCUUCAGUGUUCCCGAGAGGGCGUUCUUAUCAAGACCGAAUUUUCCUUCGAUGAGGCAAGCGAAUGCUGCGAACGAAAAACUAUAUGUGGUGAAAGUCUGGAUUUUUGCGAUCGUUCUUUUCCCUCGCUUGGGGCCGUGGUGUUUCGUGUGGAGAUUUUCGCGUUAAUGAUUGAAGAUUAAUUUAGCCCUCAUCCAUUCCGCGGGUGACGAGAGAGCGCGAAGAAAUUAAAACCGGGAGGAUAUAGAUCGCGUGUGGUUCGCGUUUUUUUUUCGUCUGUUAUUUGAUGUGUUGUGCUCCAUCUGCAGCACUUGGCGGAAAAACGGCGUUCAACUGACGGAGGGUGUCGGUUACGAACCGUUUGUGUGAUCAUGGUUUAUUAUCAGAGUGAAGAAUACGACAAAGAGCAUUAGUGACAAAUAAGUGAUGUGAAGAAUGUGAGAUCUUGGAAUCGGGCCAAAAAUAACCACAUAUUGUCGAAAAAUGUGCACUUCUUGUUUACAUGCUGAAUGAAGAUAUCUUACCGCGCAGGCAGCCAACAAUUUUGAUGCCAAACAUUGGCACACAGCCGAGGCCAUCGACCUCUCUGUGUCUGUCUCUCUCGCGCUUCAUCUCUUUCUCUCUGUGGUACUUUUCGCAAACAGUGGAGUCUGUGCUGAUGUCGAGGCGGCGGUGGCGGCGGAUGCGAUACGCGCCGAAAAUGUUGCGUGCCGCGUACCGGUUCGAGCCGGCGUAUAUUUAGCUCUAUUUCAUCACUUUCGCUUCGCAUCAUCCCAACCAAUAAUAAACAAUCCGAUCCAGUCGUGCUUUGGGACGGUGGAAGAAGCUCUUUAAAUCUUAACCUACGCAACGCGGGACGACAAAAUUGGUGCUCGCUACUACUGCUACUACUGGAGAACCUCGAACCUUCCUAAAACAGCAAGCGACUCAACGCAGCCGCCAUCGAGCGAUGAAUGGCGGCUGAGCUCAUCUGUUACUCAAUGAGUGUCGUAGUUUUUUUAAAAAUAGGCCGCAUCGUGACGCUACGAAUAAGAGACGUUGUUUUGGGUUUUCUCUGUUGUGUCCCAUCCUACAGUGUGCGAAUGAUGGAUCUGAAUCGGUCCUAGGAGCCGGAAGAUCAAACGAUUGAAGAGUUGUUGGCGUGUGGCGAAGGUGGGACCACGAGUUCCGCGAAACUGGAGCAAAGCCGGGGAAGAUGUUGUCGCCGAGUUGCCGCAUCGCGACCUGUAAAAAUGAGCGUUCCAUCGUAUGUCGUUGCUGGGCUAAAAUUAGACAGCGACAUAAAUUGUGCAAAAUGUGUUGCCCAAAAUAACGCGUCGAUCGAAUCCAUGUAUCGGCCAGCCAACAACAACAAUAGCAGCCACAACAGAUUCAGUAAAUCGUUGCAAUUGUCGAAUCGAGGCGCAUCGAGUGUUACGGAAGAGAAAGGAAGUAUUAGCCUAAGUGAUCCCACGGGUGACGACCCAGUGCAGCGAGACCUCGGCGAUUGCAGCAGUCCUCAAGGUAGAAGAAGACCCAGUGGUCGUAGUCGUUGUCGUCACCGUCGCAGCCACCGACGGCUAAAGUGUGACUGGAUGUGGUGGCGGUGGGUGAGCUCUAUUCCGUCCUUGGUUUCUUCCCUUCUUGUUUCAGUUACCCCUGUCACGAGACCGUCAUCGGCCGACCAUGUUCUUCGUCAGAAACGGCGGGAGAAAUAUAGGGCCCGCCAAAUCGGUGCCCCAAGUGAGUGCUCGACGACGAGUAACGAAAACAGAGAAGAUGAAAAUCGUUACGAUCUGAAAGGUGUCAGUGAUUGUGGAAAUAAUAAUAAGCAGGUGACAGUGAGUGACGAUGAUGGUAGGAAAAUGUGCGGCAGCAGCCAUCGGAGGUGCCAUCGGGCAGCAGCAUCAGUGUCCCCAUCGUCGCAAUCGCUUCUCGGCGGCAUCAUUGGCAUCGAUGUGAAGUUGGUGCUGGUGAUUAUGGUGUUAAUUGGCGUUAUUGAUUACUCGGAAGCUGGUACCUGUUGGCUGCGGCGGAUGGAGAGCACCGGAAAAUGCAACAAAUUGUUUGCCCGCAACGUGACGAGAGAUCACUGCUGUCACGCCGGUUCCAGUCUGGGCUUUAGUGAUCGCGACAUCACUGACGUGCAGAUCUUCUUUGUGAACGCCUUUAACGAUGGGAUGGAUUGCGCGUCUUGCUUGGCGUAUCUUUCUUCUCCCUCAACAGACAAUUGUGAUCGGGCCAAAUGUGGUCCAAACAAGCGCUGCGUCAUGAAGAAGGGCCGCCCGAAGUGUAUAUGUGCACCCAGCUGUAAGGCCUCGAAGCAAGCCAAACAGUUGCCGAAGCAGAACAUUAAAGUGAUCAAUUUGAGUGAGAGUCAACGAAACCGUGGACAGUAUUUUUCGAUUGGACCCCGAGCUGCCGCUUCCCGGUCCGCUCCGUCGAUCCAGCUUAGCGCUUCGAGCAGCAAACGGAGCGUUCGCGUGCUGGGCGAUGACCCUUCAACCCACCAUUCAAGGACUCUAAAAAGUAGUAGUCUAAGUGAGAAAACGCUAAGCCAAAGAAAUAGUAACCGUAAGCUUGAUAGCUCUAAGCAUAAGGAUAACUUAUUUGAAUCUGUGACAUUAGUGGAUAGUAAGCAUACAGACAACCGUUCUAGACGGAACAGAACUACCGUCGGGCCCAAACGGCCUACCACCGAGCGUAUGGUAUUUAUGGCGGACGGCCCGGCGAAGAUUGACAUGCUUUCCGCGGCCAAUGGAAGCCUAGCAUUGGAAAUAAGUUCCACAGCAGCCAGCGUACGCCAUAGAAAUCGAAAGGGUUCCGUCAGUCGAAACAGAACCCGUCAUGAGCAACCGUUGCAUCACAGUCGAGAUUUCGGCACGCCACGAUUGCUCCGGGUUGCGUCCCGAAAGGGCAAUGCGACCACGUCGCCAGCGCGACUUCCCAGGCAUCCCCAGUAUCUGGAGGAGAUGUUCUACGUGGGAAUGGUCCCACAAAAACGGCGGGGUCGAAUGCAAGGAAAGGAUCUCGACAUUGGGAAUGACAUAAUGCAGCAACACAUGAGAUUCUACAACCCGGUUUGUGGCACAGAUGGCAAGACAUACAAAACAGAAUGCCAGUUGAAGAAACGAGCUUGUCGCCAAGAGAGCACGACUCUCACAGUUGCCUACAAGGGACAUUGUCAAACUUCUUGCCGUUUCGUGCAGUGCCCGGAUGACAAGCACUGCGUGGAGGAUCAGAACUCCUCCCCUCAUUGCGUGACCUGCAUAAAGGACUGCCCGCUGGAACCGAGAGCAUCAUCGGCAGCCAAAUCCGUGGUCUGUGGCACCGAUGGUACCACCUAUCGGAGUAUCUGUGAGCUGAAACAGAAGGCCUGCCUGUCGGGUCGAGCUAUCCCCGUUGCCUAUCGGGGUCAUUGCAUUGAAGCCGCUACCUGUGAGACCAUAAAAUGCAAAGAUCGGCAGCAUUGCCUUACCGAUUUGAGGACACACAAACCACGCUGUGUCAGCUGCAGCUACAAGUGUCCCCGGGUGAAGCGACAGCAGCAGGUACGGCCGCGACAAUUUGGUUCCGGCGGACGAAAUCAGCAUCAGCCAAACACCAAACUUUGUGGCACCAACAAUCACACGUACCACUCCUGGUGUCACAUGCUGAAGGAUUCGUGUAAUACCGGGUUCUACAUCGACGCGCAGUACGAUGGAAUGUGUAGCAUUGAGAGAAGUAUCGCUUCGCCUUCGAUUUUAACCCAUUCGGUGAACCCGCAGCCGUAACGGAACAGGUCGCAUCCAAAGCUAGGCAAUUUAGACUAUUUGAACCCACUGAUUUGGCAGAUCUUGGCUUGAGUGAAACAAGAGGUUUUUCACUGAGCCACGAGAAACUUAUACCAAAUAUUGGACAGUCGUAGUUGAUGUUUCAAAGAUGUAAAAAGUAGGUUAUCUCAAUGUCUAUGGCACUAACACAAAACCACAGUAAGAUAUGAACGAGCAACACUAACAAUGUAAAGAGGAUCGCUGUAUAAAAACAUAGUUUCAUCCCUUAGCCUGUAGAAAUGAUUUGUAAAAAAAAUCGAUCCGAUGGAAACGAACCUAUUUAUAUUUAAACACACACAGAAACUGUUCUAUUUAUAAAUGCACACAACACCCAUUUACAUUAUUUAUUGUACUUGUACAUUAGAGAGCAGCUUUAGCGGUAGCUAUUUUGUUUUUAUCUCGAAAACUAUUUAUUCGUUUUUUAUUCUGGGAGACACUAUUUAUUGAUUGUAAGAUUCCAACACGAACCAAAAACUAACCCUCGAUAAGACGAAAAUCCUUUAAAUCCAAUGUGAGAGUAUCCAAAUUAAUACAAAAAGAGUAGUAGAUAAAGUCGGUGCUGUGCUCAUUGACCUGUUAGAAAAAAAAACACAAAAUACAUACAAUGAUCAAGAAAAUUCCAACUGUUGUUAUAGAUUAAUCGUUUAAAAAGUGCACUGAACUAAACAAAAAAUCACAAUUCAAGCGAAAAUAAUACUUAAUUGAAGGCGGAAAAACACACCCAUUCUAGUUCAAUCAAAAUUCCUGUUGUUCAAGUUGUAAAAAGUAAGCAGUAUAAAAGUUUAGUGGGAGGAGAAAGGAUAACCAAGAUGAAUCUGUAUUAAGAGAUUGACUGAUUUUAUCAAAAUAUAAAAUGCAAACAAGUAUAUAUCGCAAACUAAUGCAAGCAAAAAAGAAACAUAAGUUUUAGGGUGUACAAUUUAUCUUCUAAUAGUAAAAUUCUAUUUACUUCCUACAUACGAUGGAGUCAGACUUAGACUAGAGAACAUGGUUUACAUGACAAACACCCACACGUUGCAAACUUAAUAAUAACUGUCGUACAAACAACGCCACUCACUCACACACACACACACACACACACAUGAAAUCGUUAACUGUUUUUCACAAUGAAGCUCCCCACAGUUUGUUUCAGUGUUCACUCCGGUAGCGGACCUGAAUUUGGUGUAUACAAUAUACAAUUAGCAGUUUUAUUUGAAGUAGUCAGAGUUGUCGAAAAUCUAGUACAGAAAGCUGAUAGCCAACGAUACCCAGAUACGAACAGAUACGGAAAUUGUAAUGGUUCUAGGCACAUUGACAGCGUAACGAAAGUGAACACAAAAUAGAAAGGAAAUAAAUGUUUAUUAAUGUUGAUGAAAAGAA